AUGAUUAACACUUUAUGGCGUUCCCAGCGUGUUUAUAUCAUCGGUGGUGGCGCCUGUGGGGAUGGUGAGGAUGUCGGCCAAGGUAUCAACGAAGGCGAUAAUGUUUUCUGUGAUGACGAAAAUCGUGCUUGGUACCUAUACUACUGGCAGAAGUUCCAGAAGUCAGAUCCGAGAAAGCCUCAAGGAUGGAUUUCUCGGCCCUGGGGAUCCGAUCGUAUGGGCAAGUCCCCUAUAUUAGAGGCAGAUGGCGGCUCCGGCCCAUUUUGGAAGAAUCUUGAUCCAUUGGACUCUAUCAAGUCCUCUGUCAAAUCCUUCAAGGCUGCUGGCAAUAAUUACGACGCGUCAACCUUUAGCAGUCGUAUGGCCGAAAUCUUAGCUACCGGCGCCGACGUCUACUCGGAGGGUCCGAGCAUGGAAGGUCUCUGGACUAUCCCCGUGUGCGAUAUCAGCAAAACUGUCAACAACCCCGACUACGUCUACGGUGGCAAGGAUGAGAUCCUCAGCCCUUAUGGGUACGACCAACGCCCACACUGGUGUGGACCAAUCUGUGGAAUGGAUAAGAACGCUACAGCGGAAUUCUACAAGGCGGCCAACUUCAAGGACGACUUUGAUAAGCCGUUCCUGGAGGGAUGCAAGGAUUACUACUACGGGACUUCGAUGAACGGUCGUUGGUGGGAUUGGACUACAAACGAAGAACACUUGUAG